GGAGGCAGGAAUGUGAAAAGUAAACCUUAUAUAAUUUCCUAUUGAAGGCUUAAGGUUAAGAAUUAAAGGACGAAGCUGGGUUGGGGGUGGAGGGGAAUUAGAAAAUUUUUUUCAACAAAUAAUUUGGAAAAGGACGUUUUUAAACAAAACGUUGCUGGAGAUUUAUAUUCCUCAAAGAAAAAAACCUGCCCACUCACCAAACAUAAACAAACGAAACCAAAUAAAUCACCAGACCUUUCCAAAUCUGUGUUGAAAAAUACUGAGAUUAGCAAGCCCGGGACACAGAAGCAACCAGGACAAAAUUCAUUGUUCUGUACUCUUCCAGCGGCCUCGCGAGGCUUACAGCGCACAGCUCUAGCAACUGACAUUUUCAGAAGCCAGUCUAACACACGCAGCCAAACGCCGCGGCGCCGGGAAAAGCAGCCCCGGGCGCUCGGCUGCGGCGAGCCGAGCCGUAGUUCAGCCCCGCCCCGGCCGCGCGGCUUCGGCGGCGGCCGCUCUAGCCAGCGGCCUCUCUAUGGUCGGCCGGGCGGGCCGAGUGGUGUCAUCCGCGGAGCGACGGCCGCAGGCUGCGGCGUAGGCCCCGGCGGGGCGUUUGGUUUCGGUUUCGCCCCGACUGGAGUCAGUGUGGACGGUCGAAAUGGGAGUCCCUAAGUUUUACCGAUGGAUCUCGGAGCGGUAUCCCUGCCUCAGCGAAGUAGUGAAAGAGCAUCAGAUUCCUGAAUUUGACAACUUGUACCUAGAUAUGAAUGGAAUUAUACAUCAGUGUUCCCAUCCUAAUGAUGAUGAUGUUCACUUCAGAAUUUCAGAUGAUAAAAUCUUUACUGAUAUUUUUCACUACUUGGAGGUGUUGUUUCGAAUUAUUAAACCUAGGAAAGUGUUCUUUAUGGCUGUUGAUGGUGUGGCUCCUCGAGCAAAAAUGAACCAGCAGCGUGGGAGGCGUUUUAGGUCAGCAAAGGAGGCAGAAGACAAAAUUAAAAAGGCAAUAGAAAAAGGAGAAACUCUUCCUACCGAGGCCAGAUUUGAUUCUAACUGUAUUACACCAGGGACGGAAUUCAUGGCCAGGUUACAUGAACAUCUGAAGUAUUUUGUAAAUAUGAAAAUUUCUACAGACAAGUCGUGGCAAGGAGUUACCAUCUACUUCUCAGGCCAUGAGACUCCCGGAGAAGGAGAGCAUAAAAUCAUGGAAUUUAUCAGAUCCGAGAAAGCAAAGCCAGAUCAUGAUCCAAACACCAGACACUGUCUUUAUGGUUUAGAUGCUGACUUGAUUAUGCUUGGAUUAACAAGUCAUGAGGCACAUUUCUCUCUUUUAAGAGAAGAGGUUCGGUUUGGUGGCAAGAAGACACAAAGGGUAUGUGCACCAGAAGAAACCACAUUUCACCUCCUACACUUGUCUUUAAUGAGAGAAUAUAUAGACUAUGAGUUUUCAGUAUUAAAAGACAAGAUUGCAUUUAAAUAUGAUAUUGAAAGGAUAAUAGAUGAUUGGAUUUUGAUGGGAUUUCUUGUUGGCAAUGAUUUUAUCCCUCAUCUACCUCAUUUACAUAUUAAUCAUGAUGCGUUGCCUCUUCUUUAUGGAACAUAUAUUACCAUCCUGCCAGAACUUGGGGGUUAUAUUAAUGAAAGUGGGCAUCUCAACUUACCUCGAUUUGAGAAAUACCUUGUGAAACUAUCAGAUUUUGAUCGGGAGCACUUCAGUGAAGUUUUUGUGGACCUCAAGUGGUUUGAAAGCAAAGUGGGUAACAAGUACCUCAAUGAAGCAGCAGGUGUCGCAGCAGAAGAAGCCAAGAGCUACAAGGAAAAGAGAAAAUCAAAGGACCAGGAAAACUCCAUAUGUUGGGCUGCUUUAGACACAAAUGGAGAAGAAGUGGUAGCUUCUAAGGAUAAUGUAGAAGAUGAAACUGAAGAUGAUGACCUAUUUGAAACAGAGUUUAGACAAUAUAAAAGAACGUAUUACAUGACGAAGAUGGGAGUGGAUGUAGUGUCUGAUGACUUUCUGGCUGAUCAAGCUGCAUGUUAUGUUCAAGCAAUACAGUGGAUUUUGCACUAUUACUAUCAUGGAGUUCAGUCCUGGAGCUGGUAUUACCCCUACCAUUACGCGCCUUUCCUAUCUGAUAUCCGCAACAUCAGCGCACUCAGCAUCCAUUUUGAACUAGGAAAACCUUUUAAGCCAUUUGAACAGCUUCUUGCUGUACUUCCGGCAGCUAGCAAAAAUUUACUUCCUACAUGCUAUCAGCAUUUGAUGACCAGUGAAGACUCGCCAAUUAUAGAAUAUUACCCACCUGAUUUUAAAACUGACCUAAAUGGGAAACAACAGGAAUGGGAAGCUGUGGUACUAAUACCAUUCAUUGAUGAGAAGCGAUUGUUGGAAGCCAUGGAGACGUGUAACCACUCCCUCAAAAAAGAAGAGAGGAAGAGAAACCGACAUAGUGAGUGCCUAAUGUGCUGGUAUGAUAGAGACACAGAGUUCACCUACCCCUCUCCAUGGCCAGAAAAGUUCCCUGCCAUAGAACGAUGUUGCACAAGGUAUAAAAUGAUAUCAUUAGAUGCUUGGCGUGUAGACAUAAACAAGAACAAAAUAACGAGGAUUGACCAGAAGGCAUUAUAUUUCUGUGGAUUUCCUACUCUGAGACACAUCAAACACAAAUUUUUUUUGAAGAAAAGUGGGGUUCAAGUAUUCCAGCAAAGCAGUCGUGGAGAAAACAUGAUGUUAGAAAUCUUAGUGAAUGCAGAAUCAGAUGACCUUAGUAUAGAAAAUGUAGCUUCCUCAGUGCUUGGAAAGUCUGUCUUUGUUAACUGGCCUCAUCUUGAAGAAGCUAGAGUUGUUGGUGUAUCAGAUGGAGACACUAAGUUUUACUUGGAAGAACCUCCAGGAACACAGAAGCUUUAUUUGGGCAGAACUGCCCCGCCAUCUAAAGUAGUCCAUCUUGGAGACAAAGAACAAUCUAACUGGACAAAAGAAGUACAAGGAAUUUCAGAAUUCUAUCUGAGAAGAAAAGGAAUAAUAAUAAAUGAAACAUCUGCAGUUGUGUAUGCUCAGUUACUUACCGGUCGUAAAUAUCAAAUAAAUCAAAAUGGUGAAGUUCGUCUAGAGAAACAGUGGUCAAAACAAGUUCUUCCUUUUGUUUAUCAAACUAUUGUCAAGGACAUCCGAGCUUUUGACUCCCGUUUCUCCAAUAUCAGAACAUUGGAUGACUUAUUUCCUCCUAGAAGUAUGGUCUUUAUGCUGGGAACCCCCUAUUAUGGCUGCACUGGAGAAGUUCAGGAGUCAGGGGAUGUGAUUACAGAAGGUAGGAUUCGUGUGGUUUUCAGUAUUCCAUGUGAACCCAAUCUUGAUGCUCUAAUACAGAACCAGCAUGUGAAAAAAUCACUGAAAUACCAUUACUAAUCUAUAGUGGGUAUUAUGGGUUAUUUACUACACAAAUUUAAAACUUUUGUGUGUGUGUGUGUGUGGUUUAAAUUCAGCCCUCAUGGAGACCAUAAAGCAAAUGUGGGUUUGAAUCUCAAAUUCAACAAAAAAAAUGAGGAGGUACCUGGAUAUACUAAGAAAGUUGGAAGUGAAUGGAUGUAUUCAUCUGCAGCAGAACAACUUCUUGCCGAGUACUUAGAGAGAGCUCCAGAAUUAUUUUGUUAUAUAGCCAAAAAUAGCCAAGAGGAUGUGUUCUAUGAAGAUGACAUUUGGCCUGGAGAAAACGAGAAUGGUGCUGAGAAAGUUCAAGAAAUUAUUACAUGGCUAAAGGGACAUCCUGUCAGUACGUUGUCUCGUUCUUCUUGUGAUUUACAAAUUCUGGAUGCAGCUAUUGUCGAGAAAAUCGAAGAAGAAGUUGAAAAGUGCAAGCAAAGAAAGAAUAAUAAGAAGGUGCGAGUGACAGUAAAGCCCCAUUUGCUGUAUAGACCUUUAGAACAGCAGCAUGGCGUCAUUCCUGAUCGGGAUGCAGAAUUCCGUCUCUUUGACCGUGUUGUAAAUGUGAGAGAGAACUUUUCAGUUCCAGUUGGCCUUCGGGGCACCAUCAUAGGAAUUAAAGGGGCUAAUAGAGAAGCUGAUGUACUAUUUGAAGUAUUAUUUGAUGAAGAAUUUCCUGGAGGCUUAACAAUAAGAUGUUCACCUGGUAGAGGUUAUCGACUGCCGACAAGUGCCUUGGUGAACCUUUCUCAUGGGAGUCGCUCUGAAACUGGAAAUCAGAAGUUGACGGCCGUUGUGAAACCACAACCAGCUGUGAAUCAGUACAGCUCAGCUUCCUCAGUUUCCUCUGGGCAUUUGGGAGGCCUGAACCAUUCCCCUCAAUCACUUUUUGUUCCUACUCAAGUACCUACUAAAGAUGAUGAUGAGUUUUGCAGCAUUUGGCAGUCCUUACAGGGAUCCGGAAAGGUUCAGCACUUUCAGCCAAGUCUACAAGAGAAGGGUGCAGUUCUACCUCAAGAAAUCAGUCAAGUAACUCAGCAUCAUAAAUCUGGCUUUAAUGACAACAGUGUUAAAUGUCAGCAAAGAAAACAUGAGCCUCACAGAAAAUUUAAAGAAGAGUGUAAAAGUCCUAAAACAGAGAGUCGGUCACAAAAAAUGUCACAUAAGCAGCCUACCCCUGGAAUUGAGAAGUUUUUAGCAUCUUUGAAUAUCUCCAAAGAAAGUGGAGUGCAGUCAUCGCAUUUUGAAGAGCCUCCGAGUGAAGAGCAUUUGUCACCACAGUCAUUUGCUAUGAAGGGAACACGGAUGCUUAAAGAAAUUCUAAAAAUUGAUGGCUUUGACACUGUGGACCAUAAGAACGAAAUAAAACAGUUUGGUAAUGAAAUUUCCUCUAAUAGAAGAGAUGAAUAUGGAUCUGCCUCACAGCCUAAACAAAAUAAGAAAUUAACAUCUUGUAUGAACAAGGCUCACAGUGCUAGUGAGUACCGUAGUGCUCAGUCUAUGGACAAUGUGUGUUGGCCUGUUCCCAGCCACAUCCCUCCUGUGUCCACACCAGUAACUGAACUUUCUCGAAUUUGUUCUCUUGUUGGAAUGCCACAACCAGAUUUCUCCUUUCUUAGAACACCACAGACGAUGACAGUUUGCCAGGUAAAACUAUCCAAUGGCUUAUUGGUACAUGGGCCACAGUGCCAUUCUGAAAAUGAGGCCAAGGAAAAAGCUGCACUUUUUGCUUUACAACAAUUGGGUUCCUUAGGAGUUAAUUUCCCUUUGCCUCCACCACUAAUUCCAAAUUAUCCUCCUGCCGUACCACCUGGGACCAUUCCUCCAGUUUUUCCCCAACCAACUGGCUGGGAUCACUACGGGAGCAACUUAGCGCUGGGGGCAGCUAAUAUAAUGCCUCCUUCGUCUCAUCUCUUUGGCUCGAUGCCGUGGGGACCGCCAGUGCCAGCGCCUGGAAAGCCUUUCCAGCACUCUUCGUAUCCCGGGGCCAUGCCCAUGGCUGGGGGAAUGCGAGGUGGUGCGCACAAUCAGUUCAUCCCUCUACAGGUUACUAAAAAAAGGAUUGCAAACAAAAAGAACUUUGAGAAUAAGGAGGCCCAGAGUUCUCAAGCCACCCCACUUCAGACUAGCCAACCAGGGUCUUCCAGUGUCACCAAAGUGAUUCCGCAGGGGAGUUCAUCAGCUUCCUUAAAGUCCUCUCAGAUUACUCAACCCGCACCUUCUUUUCAAGUUGAAGCUGCCCCCCAGGGCCAUAGUGUGUCUCACCAUAAGUCAACACCAAGCUCUUCUUCAAGAAGAAAAUCAAGAAAAUUGGCUGUCAAUUUUGGCGUUUCUAAACCUUCUGAAUAAAUUUGGUACUUGGAAUUAAUUUCUUUCUUUUCCACACACCUUUUUAUAAAUCCACAUCUAUCUCUCACAAAAAAUUAGAAUGUGCUAUUUUAAAAUAAUAUGUUUCAAUUGAAAAUUUUUAAUUUUUUGUCAGGCACUUUUCAUGCUGUUUAUAUCAAAUUGUGCAUCUUCAGUAUGUGCAGUUUGUUUUACAUCAAUUUUACCUCAAUAAAGCUGUAAAAAAAAAAGAGAGAGACUAAAUUAAACCUUGUGUCGAAAUAAUAUCAGUGGACUGAAAUGUGCCAAUCUAAUCAGUGGCCUCAUCAUUAGAAGCAUCCUGAACUAUGAAUUAGACAUCAUAUUGCAAUACUAAUGAAUAUUUUUUACACUAUCAUUGAGGGAUAAUUAAAUGUAGCAUGAAAAUUGGGCCUCAAGUAUAAUUUACUGAAAGUGGAUUUUAUUUCUCUUUUUAGUGAUGGAACAGAAUUGUCAGGAGAAUGGCUUUUAUGUGUGAGUGUGUUAACUUGUGUUUUAUUGUCUGCCAGGGUCCUUGCGCCCUGCUGGGUGAUCACAUUGGUGUGGUGCUGCCAGUUCUGCUUUAUCCUAAAUUUGUACCAAAGCAACUUUAGAAUACUGAGCAGGAUAUUUCAUUUAACUGCUUACAACUAUAAAUAGCAAUCUAGAUUUGAGUAAGUAAUUAGAGUUUUUUAGAUUAUUCGAGAACCAGCAUUAGUCAUUUCUAAUAAAAUUCUUUCAAAAUCUACAGGGUACAAUGAUUACAAAUUAAUCUUCUAAUGAAAUAAAGUUCAAAAUAUUAAUCAUGUUGUUAAUUAAAAUAAAUUGUAUUAUUCUUUUAUAUAGCUUUUUACCUGCUUACUUAAACAUGUGAGAGCUCCAUUAUUGGUCCAUGUGUAGUGCUUCCUAGAACGGAUGAAAUUCUAAAUUUUUUUUAAAUUCCAAGGUGUGGUUUAAUACAGGUACAAUCAGUUUGUGAUGUACAUUAUUUACAUGACAACUGCCUGUCUCAUUCUGUUUCCAUAUUUUUAGCUUUAUGCUGAACUGUCUGGUGACUCUGGCAUUUUGUCUUUGCAUGUUAUAUGUGGGUGUGUAUUGUUCAAGCUGUGGCUGUUGAAAUUAUUUUAGAAUUUAUGAAAAUUUCUCAGUGGUACCUGGGCCUGAGUUUUUAUAUAUAUAUAUUUAUCCUUUAGUUUUUGUGAUAUGCUUAUAUUUUUAAGGAAGUAAUUUAUCAUACUUUUUUAAAAGUAGAAACCGUAAUCUUUAUAUGCAGUUGCUCAUUGUGUCCAGUUUUAUUUAGCUUAUUGAAAACUCUGCCAUGAGUCUUUGAGUAGUUUGUUUUUUAAAAUGCUGCUUUGAACUAAGUGGAUUCCUUUCUCUAACUGCUGACUUCAGAGUUUCUCUAAAUGUUAAGAGGGUAUUUGUAUAUUAGUAGUGCCUUUAGUAUGAGAUAAAUGUUCAUUAUCUGUCAUUUAUUAUA